GGAGAGACUACCGCCACAGAAUACUGAACCAACGUGUAGGCGAGCAGGCAGCGGCACCGUAGCGCUACCUGUCCGCCCUUUUCAUUCAUUUCCCGAGCGCUGCCACGACUGGAAUAGACGUUUUUUACGCAUUUUGGAAACAAUGGAAACAGCCGUGUUGAACCUCGCCAUUAUGCCGGAGAUGGUGGACUGCAACAGCAACACCUUGAACGCCGAGCUGGAAGUAAAGAAGCUGCAAGAACUGGUGAGAAAACUGGAGCGUCAAAACGAGCAAUUGCGCACCCGGGCACAGCCUCCUCCGUCCCCGCCGUACGCGCUGGGCAGGACCGGGGGGCACCGUUUGUCCGAGUUGGAGGCGCGGUAUUUGGAGUACUUGCAGCCGAGCACGGGAGAGGACGGAGCGGUCAAAGAGGAGGACGAGCAGGCGCUUCUGGAUGAUCUGGAGCUGCUGGAUCUGGACUCCAUGUGCUCCUCCUCGGAAGACUCGCAAGAAACAUGGUUGUACAUGACCCAGAGGCCUGGAGAAUCGUCUGAUAGUGCCCUCACUCCUCUGCAGUGGUGUCGACAGACUCUGGACAGCCCCAAGUCAGAGCUGGAGGCCACCAGGAGAUCUCUGUCCCUGCGACUAGAACAAGUCUCUAGGUGGCGUAGUUCCCUGUCCAGCCCGUCAAACGCCUCCUCUCCUCCCCCGUCUCUGAAUCGAGUCACUGGAAUGUCCCCAAUCAAUGCCUCCCCCUCCACCAAAACCUGCUCCACUCCACAGUCUGAAAGACACGCCCCCCUGUCCUCCCCGCGGCACCCUGUCCACCAGCGCACCCUGAGCCCCGUGCCCAAGGACCUGUCCCCUGUAGCAGAGAGGACGCCCACUUUUCUCCCUCACCUCUCUAAACGCAGCCGGAGUCUGCAGCGCUCCGUGUUCAGCCCUCAGUCUUCUGUUGAUGAGGAGGACUCUGUUUGUGUUGGGUUUAAACUCCAGGACCUGACGGAUGUUCAAGUUAUGGCCCGUAUGCAGGAGGAGAGCCUCAGACAGGAGCUGGCCUUCCCCGCCCGCCGCAGCCACAGCCUCAGCUCGUUCCCCCUGAGCGCCGGCGCCCCCUCAGGCCUGGUGCGGGAGGACGACGAGGAGGAGGAGGAGGACGACGAAGACUACGCUCUCCUGCCCCCGCCCGCCCCCCGCCUCACCACGCGCCUGCCCCACUCCCACACCUUCCAUACCCUCAGCCAAUGGUCCGGAGGCAGCCCCAGCUCACUGCCCCUCUCCGCUGGAUACGACUUCCACACACAGGAGCUGGAGCGGGCGCUGGGCACCUGCGCCGACCGGGGAUAUACACCUGGACCAGAUAAGGUUCUUCGGAGCCUACCUAACCUGGUGCGUGCUCCCAGCAUGCCCAGUGUGCCCCUGCCCCCCUCCCCCUGUGCCAGCCCCAGAGCCUCCCCCUGUCUGCUCCGCACCAGCCACAGCUUUGACCUAACCACCGGGCUGUCCUCGCUGCAUUCGUCCAUCCCUGCUCCGGCCCCGCUACAGUCCAGAGUCCACAGUGUGGGGAGUUUCUGCGUGUCCAGACCCACAGUGAAGGCCACCGCCUACGUCAGCCCCACCAUCAAGAGCCCCGCCUACAGCACCGGGCUCACCUCCAGCCCCCUGUACUCCUCCAGCACCGGGCUCUCCUCUAGUCCCCUGUCCUCCUUCAGUCCUGGUCUGAGUCCUGGUCUGAGUGGGAUCCCUCUGCGGGGCAAAAACACGGGGUCUCCCACCUCGCCCCGCAGUGCUCUGCCACGCCCCGCCUCUUUCAUCGCCACCUCAAGCUCCACCCCCCGCAGCAAACUGGCCCAAUCAGGACGCAGUUUCCUGACGCCUCCAAAGAGCCUGUCGGCCCUGAGCGCUCUGAGGGACGGCGCGUGGAGAGACGGGUGCUACUGACACGCUGGAGGAGAGCACCCUGCUGGACGGGGACACGCACUCACACCAAAAACACGCUGCACUGGGGUCCCACGUGAUUCUAUGCACUUUUGUGUUCGGUAAAAUGCGGGUGGAUCGGACCGUGCCAAAGGGAAACAUUCGUGGAUGUUUUGUGCAAUAACCCACUGGCUCCAGGCUCCACGCGCUCAUCCUCCGCCUGCGCCAACGCCAGUUUUUAAACGACUACUAAUCUAAUUUAUGAAGCUAUUUAUAUAUUUAUUAUUAAAGAGUAUUUAAAUACAUCAGGUGUUGUCUUCAGGCUUUUAAAUGCCACGCUGCUAAAAUGUACUUGGGGUCAAUGUUAAAAUAUUGUAAUUCCUGUAAAAAGUGUCACAUUUCUGUAUUUAUUCUAAAACACGAUUCACAUUUUGAUGAUAACUGUCACAAAACUGCCUAGUGUUUUCACAAGUGUCUGAUUUCUACACAACCUCUAAUUUAUUCCUGUUUUUUCUUGCACUGUGUGUGUGUGUGUGUGUGUUACCAGUGACUGCAGUUUGACACUCGUCACACACUGGGGUUUGGGGUGUGUGUUUUUGGAGAGUUCAGUUUCUCAUCAGACUCAAUGUAGCACCGUUUCUUUUUGUAAUGACGUCACCGCUCACAAACUGGCUUUUUGUUGUUUGGACAAAAGUACAUUUGAAUAAAAAUCAACAUCAA